AUGGCGCAUCCAGGUGGAGAAGAGGUUUUGCUCGAACAAGCUGGUAGAGAUGCCACAGAGAGCUUUGAAGAUGUGGGGCAUUCCACAGAUGCCAGGGAGAUGCUCAAGCAGUACUACAUAGGGGAGAUCCAUCCGCAUGAUCGUAAAAAAGAAGGUUCUAAGGACCCAAGUAUGACAUCCUCAGGCCAAGCAAGUUUCUGGACAACAUGGCUAAUCCCCAUCUUCGGAGCACUGGUCUUAGGUUUAAUGUAUCGCUAUUACAUGUUGGAUGGGAGAACCUCUUGAACUGACCUUGCUGGGACCUCAGAAAGCCCGAAGGAGAGGGCGCGAGAGAGAGUGCAUGCACGUGACACAUGGAGUUCUGCUUCCCUUAAACUCUUUCUGCCUUGCUUUUAGCUUUGAGUCUGUCGAGUGAUGUUGAUACCCAUGGGACCAAGCUAAUGGCAAACUCUGUCUCUCCUAACUCUGGGACCCACGGACCUGUUGUGCUUUCCUCUUGCCGUGGCAGGGCAAGUGCAACUCCCCGGUAUUCUCUUAGGUUUGUGUGCGGUCUCCCUCACAUGUGCGUGCUCGUGCGCUUGCUCUCUCGCUCUCUCUUGCUCUCUGAAGUGAACCACAGACCACCUUUUUCUUUCAAUGCCUUUUUGUUAAGCCAGACAACGUGGAACAGCUGCUAGUGAGCCUGUGGGUUUGCCUCAGUCCUUCCCGUAGCAUUGUCAGAAAUAAACUGCAAGUUGUCUACAGUCCUUUCCAGAAAAGACGUCCGGAGCUUCGGUUCCGCGGUAACUUUCCCAGUGCAUGCAGGCAACACUAAUGGGAGCAGCAGGAAAUUGUUAGCGUUUGCUACCUCUUUCUGUACGUG